AUGGGUGUGAGCGACAAGAAGCACGCAGCGUCAGCAGGCACUACGUUCUUCAGCACAGAGAAGGGGGCUCAGGUCGCCGAAGAAAAAGCUCUCAGGAAGCAAGGGGAAGCACGUGGAGAAGUAGACACUCGCACGAAGCGAAGCGACCAGAUAAAUCUACCCGAUUCGGUGAAGCCAGAGGAGCCUGUCCGUGAAGUCAAGCGCCUUCGGCGCGACGGCGACGACAAGGAAACCGAAGACUCGGGUUCGCUGGAGGAAGCGGAAGCGCCUCUAGCUGCGACAGAGAUGAUUCGCAUGCAGGAGGGACAGGAGCGAAACGGGGCUUCCGGCUACAUCCAUGUCCCGAAUACCAUCAGAUUGGAGAACACAUCCGGCAAAAACGAGACUGCCUCCACCUGUUGUGGUAUCCAGGAAGCCGAAACAAGGACGAGCAUCGCGUCACUUGGUAUGUUAUACUACUAUAAUCCUGACUCGAUUCGUCAAUUUCACACUGUUUCUCUGCUGCUGCCAAACGGCAGGACGUUCCUGGCCAACGUCAUGUCCGUGGUUCGUGAACCACCACCGACGGAGGAACACAAGCACCCCAAAUCUGUCGUUCGUCUCUCCGGCGGGUACACGCUCACCCUCAGUUUAGACGGAGUCUCGCUAGAAGAUCGCAACGGCAGCGAAGUAGCCUCUUGGGAGGCGGAGAGCGUUCUCUAUCCGGUCAUUUUGGAAGAGGUGGCGAUACGAGACACUGCUGCUGUUGCUCCUGCCCAGGCCGGCUUUGCAGGAGCGAUUCCAAACAGUAGGUCUUCUACAGUUCCAUUGGCUCAUGCUGGCGCCCGCCUGAGAGCAAGUAUACCACGUACACAAGAAGAAGACAGAGUCUCAGCAACCUCCGGCCGUCAGGCAGAUGUUGGCGUGGCGAGCAACAUCCAGACUGCGGCUACCAGUGUUUACCACGCAGGAGCUGUAGGAGGCGGUGAAACGGAGCCUAGCGCAAGUAGAGAAAGAGGCCGGGCGACGGCUGUCCGUGUUUUGGCUGUUUCUCGAGGAAACAUUGGAACUGUUCGCAUCAGUACAACACGGAGCGUUGCCCCAGGCAUGUCACCGUUCACUUGCGUAUUCCGAACUGGUAUCUACGGUGACUACGACCCCUGCAACACUCCUGCCGUCAUUGCAGCUAACUUCUUUACUCCUCUAACUGCCAGCGUUAUCGGAGGGUUCUAA